CUUUUCCAUACAACGCAGAUAAUAUCUGUGGUCCUUUCUCUUCUCCGGGACCAGUAUCGUACAAUUAGGCGGGCAUCCUUAUCUUCUUUCCCUCCCCCCCUCCCACGGACCUCCUCCUUUCCCUACACACCAUUCUCUCUACACGCAUAAAUCAAGCAAUAGGGCUCAAACUCCCUAUCAGAGCCAUGCCUUCCCUCGGUUUCUCUACUCGCGAAUUGUAUUAUGACGGAAAGACUCAGCCUGCCUCUUCAGGCAAAACCUUCCAAUCUAUCAACCCCUCGAACGCCAGUCCUUUGGCUGAGAUCCAGGUUGCUUCACAUUCCGAUGUAGAUGCAGCCAUCGCUGCCGCCGACCGGGCCUUCCCCUCAUGGUCUCAAACACCACCCAUUGCACGUGCCCGCAUCCUCCAGAAAGCCGCCGCCCUGCUCCGCGAGCGCAACGACGAUAUCGCUCGUGUCGAAACCCUUGACUCAGGCAAGGCUUAUACCGAGACAAGCACUGUCGACGUCGUCACCGGAGCCGACGUACUUGAGUACUAUGCGAAUCUGGUCGGAGGUGGCGGGCUAAAUGGAGAGACCACACAGUUGAGAGAAGAUGCUUGGGUGUAUACCAAAAAGUCUCCGUUGGGUGUCUGCGUGGGAAUUGGAGCUUGGAACUACCCUAUUCAAAUUGCGCUAUGGAAAUCCGCUCCUUGCCUGGCUGCGGGCAACACCAUGAUUUACAAGCCAAGCGAGUUUACGCCGCUGCAUGCACAAACCUUGGCCGAAAUCUACACGGAAGCCGGUCUACCCGCCGGCGUGUUCAAUAUUGUCUACGGCGCCGGCGAUGUUGGGGCAUACCUGACUGCUCAUCCUACGAUUGCGAAAGUUUCCUUCACCGGCCAAGUAUCCACAGGCAUGAAAGUGGCUGGAUCCGCUGCCGGCAACAUGAAAUAUGUCACCAUGGAAUUAGGCGGCAAGAGCCCCCUCAUCAUCUUGCCGGACGCAGAGCUCGAGAAUGCCGUAGACGGGGCCAUGAUGGCAAAUUUCUACAGUACGGGUCAGGUAUGUACCAAUGGCACUCGGGUGUUCGUUCCCGCUAGCAUGAAGACCACGUUUGAAAGGCGCCUUCUGGAGAAGAUGCAGUACAUCCGUCCUGGGCCAUUGUUUGAUGACUCAACCAAUUUCGGUCCCUUGAGCUCAGCUGUACACCUAGAGAAGGUACUUUCUUACAUCCGCCACGGCAUCGAAACAGACAAUGCUACUUUACUUUACGGCGGAUUGGGCAAGCCCAGUGUCCCGAAGGAGUUGGAAUCAGGAUUCUGGGUGCGCCCGACGGUCUUCACUGAUUGCACAGAUGACAUGCGCAUUGUCCAAGAGGAAAUCUUCGGCCCUGUAAUGUCUAUUCUAUCCUACGAGACGGUGGAUGAAGCGGUCAGGCGAGCGAAUACCACUGAGCUCGGCCUAGCCGCGGGGGUUUUUACUAAGGAUUUGAAUAUGGCCCAUCGCAUUAUCGACCAGCUGCAGGCGGGAAUCACCUGGAUCAAUAGCUGGGGUGAGAGCCCUGCUGAGAUGGCCGUUGGUGGUUGGAAGAAGAGUGGGGUCGGAGUUGAGAAUGGACACAAGGGUAUUGAGGCAUGGGUAAAGAAUAAGAGCACCCUCGUUGAUAUGAAUGGAGCGGUAGCCACUGUCUUUGCCAAGUUGUAAUUGUGACAUCAAAAAUUGCAUAGAUUAAUUCCUAGAAUGCACAGUGAAUCACGUACGAGC